AUGGCGUUCCUGGUGCAGCACGGCAAGAGCAGAAGCAGAGGCGUCGGCGCGAGGAAGCCGAGGCACAGCGCCAGGAGCUCGACCAAGCUGGAGCUCAGGCACAGGCAGCUCGCCGUCAGGCUUCUCGCGGCGUGCCUCCUCGCCCCGGUGCUCUGCAUCUGCGCGGCCAGGCUUCUCUCCGUCGUCCUGCCGUCACAACUCUCGUCUGGCAAUGGAGUUUAUCCUGCCGAGGGAAACCAUGUUAUCUCUGACGAUGCUGAAGCAGCGGCUGGAGCUCUGACCUCCUUGCAGCGGGCCUUUGUGGACGACGGACAUCGACUUCAAGAGCCCAGUGCUCCGGUUCCUGCAAGAUUGGGUGCUGAUCCGGUCAGGGGUUCGCCAGAAUUAGAUAUUGAAGUUGAAAGCAGCAACUCCAACCAUAUAACAGAUUUGGAUAAUAAAUCAGGAAUGAAGGGGCUGACUAUAUCUUCAACAAAUGCUAGUUCCCCACCCGAAAACUCUCUCAUGAGUUCCCGACGAUCAGUUACAGAUAUUGAAGUUCCAAAGCCUAAGAGCAAGAUAUAUUGUGACGACAAGAGUAAAGAUGAGGGCUUCCCUUAUGCAAGGCCAAUCAUCUGCCACAUCAUCAGCCAUGAUGUCCCAGCAGUUAUCUUCUCAGUUGGUGGCUAUACCGGAAACUUCUUCCACGACAUGUCAGAUGUGCUGAUCCCACUAUAUCUUACUUCCUUUCAAUACAAAGGACGAGUAAAAUUCUUCAUGACAAACUACAAGCAGUGGUGGGUUCAGAAAUAUAAACCGGUGCUACGGAGGCUAUCGCAUCAUGACAUAAUCGAUUUUGGCUCUAACAAGGAUGUCCACUGUUUUCAGCAUGUAAUCCUCGGCCUGACGAGGGAUAGAGAUCUCAUCCUUGGGCCACAUCCCACAAGAAACCCAAAGGGGUACUCGAUGCUUGACUUCACAAGGUUCUUGCGCCACUCAUAUGGCCUCAAAAGGGACAGGCCAUUGGUCCUUGGUGAGCAGCCUGGCAAGAAACCAAGAAUGCUGAUCAUAUCAAGGCGAGGCACGAGAAAGCUCCUGAACCUUCGUCAAGUGUCAGCCACAUCAAGGGCGCUAGGCUUUGACGUGAUCGUCUCCGAGGCCAGGGGAAACUUGAAGAGGUUUGCAACAAUGGUGAACUCGUGCGACGUGCUGCUAGCGGUCCAUGGCGCUGGCCUCACCAACCAGGUCUUUCUCCCACCACAGGCCGUGGUGAUCCAGAUAGUUCCAUGGGGGAAGAUGGACUGGAUGGCCACCAACUUCUACGGGCAGCCAGCGCGUGGCAUGAACCUGAGGUACCUGGAGUACUACGUCUCCGAACAAGAGAGCAGCCUUGCUCAGAGGUACCCAAGAGACCACUUGGUGUUCAAGGACCCCAUGGCAAUCCAUGGUCAAGGAUGGAAUGCAUUAGCGGACAUUUUUAUGGCACAGGAUGUGAAAUUAAAUAUCAGGAGAUUCAGGCCUAUACUUUUACAGGUUCUGGACCUUCUUCAGGUCUAG